AUGGACACUGUCACGGAAUCCUCCAUGGCCCGAGCCAUAGCAGCUCUUGGCGGCAUCGGCAUCAUUCAUGCCAAUAUCCCUCCCUCCGAUCAAGCCUCCUUAGUCAAAGCAGCCAAAUCCUCACGCUUCCCUGUCCUCUCCAAUCCUGUCUUUCGAUCUCCCUCGGAUUCCAUCAUCUCCAUUGAGGAUUUUGCUGACGCUCCUUGCAUCCUCGUCACAGACUCUGGUGAUUGCCGUGGAAAGUUGGUCGGUUAUGUGGCCAAGUCUGAUUGGAUGAGCCUCACAGACAAGGAAACACAGCUGGCUGAUUACAUGGUCAAGUCCCAUGAUUUUGCCCCUUGGGAUUGUGAUUUGGCAAGGAUGAUCUGCUACUUUGAGGAGAAGGCCGACAAAGAAUUUUCGCCAAUAGUUAAGGGAGGAGAGAUAGUAGAUGUCGCCGGGAGAGAGGACGUGGAGAGGUUCAGAGGCUACCCCCAGAUUGGCGAGUGGGGUUUCAGUGGGUCCCGAUGGAGAGUGGAUGGUGGGAGAAGCGAUAGGGACGAGAGAGGUGGAUAA